AACACCUGCAUGCGCCAUUCUACUUCAAUAUCCAUAGCUAAACUACAAGUGCAGAAUCCAAAAUGGCAGAACAAGAAGUGAUACUAUUUGGCAUGUGUAUUAGUCCGUUUAGUCGCAGAAUUGAACUAGCCCUGAAAAUAAAAGGGAUCCAAUAUCAGUAUAUUGAGGAAGACCUGUCCAACAAGAGUCCCCUGCUUCUCAAGUACAACCCAGUUCAUAAAAAAGUUCCUGUGCUCGUGCACAAUGGAAAACCAAUUGCAGAAUCACUCGUCAUUCUUGAGUACAUAGACGAGACUUGGCAAAACAAUCCCAUCUUGCCUAAGGAUCCUUACAGCAGAGCCAUAGCUCGUUUUUGGGCUAAAUUCGUGGAGGAAAAGAUACUGGAAACAGGUUUAAAAACUAAUAAGGUCAAAGGGGAGGAGCUAGAGCAGCUCAAACAAGAAGUUCAUCAGAACCUGAAGCUACUUGAGAAGGAGCUAGAAGGAAAGGAAUUCUUUGGAGGUGAGAAAAUUGGAUUCCUAGACAUUGUGGCAUUUGUUGUAGCCCAUUGGUUUCAAGUAGCUAGUGAAGAAGUUAUGCAAGUGGAGUUUAUCAGUGAAGAAAAAUUCCCAGUAUUACACAAAUGGCUGGGAAAGCUACGCGAAAUAGAUGUGGUGAAGAAAUGCCUGCCUCCGAGAGAUAAACACGCUGCUUUUAUUAAGGCUCGCUUUGAAGCUGCAAAAUCAGCUCCCAAAUAAACAGAAUGUUUCAUCAUUCUAAGUAUAUUUUAUUUUCUUUCCUAAAUCUGCUUCUAAAUAAAUGUUGGGUUUGUUAAAUAGUUGAUAAUUAGGAAGGUUUGAGGAUUGUGCGUGGCUGCUCAGAUGCCAAUGUCAGUAUUGUUGUGUUCUGUAAGUUUGUUCAACCUUGCAAUAACAUCUUGAUCUAUUUCUAGUAA